UAUUCACUACAUCAGGCGCGGAAACUAGCUACGACUUUAGCCUUCAGUAUUUACGGAGGAUAUAGUCAUUUGAACAUUAAUAUACCAAGUGCCAAGUUGUAAGCAUAUACAAUAUUUAUGAAACUGUCGGGAAAUCUGAAAACGGACAGAAUGUACCGUUUAUCAUGACUGCGAAUCUAUAUUGACGUUAGGGCCUCCACGAGGGCUCGCAUAACGUUAUCUAGGCCUGCCAGGCCAAUUUUGAUCGCUAGUUAGCACACUUACGUGUUUGAAUUUAGAUGACACAGAUCCUAUAACUAAAAUGUCUGGGUUCAGUUUUGGAACGACCACGUUGGGGGCCGCCAAUACUGGAGGAGGGUUUUCUUUUGGAGCUGCAACAAGUGCCCCUGCGGCGCCAGCGAACACGACGGGCUUUUCAUUUGGUGGUCUUGGCGGCGCCACUUCCACUCCGGUUGCUGCUGCUGCCGCCACAACAACUACCUCCGCUAGUCUAUUCGGGGGCAGUGGCCUCCUAGCCCAGAAACCAGCGGCGGGCUUUGGCUUUGGCGCACCUGCCGCAGGGGCUGCGGCAGCUGCACCAACCACUGGACUCACUCUAGGUGCCCCUGCGGUGCCCGCUGCUGCCAAUACGGGGUUCAGCUUUGGCAAGCCGGCCGCGUCCGCCACGCCCUUCUCCCUGACGACCACGUCCGCCGCCCCGGCAACCGGCCUCAGCUUUGGCUCUGGCCUGGCGGCCGCCGCCCCUCAGACCAGCCUGCCGGGCUUCUCCCUCAACCUCGGCUCCGUCGCCAGCUCCGCCCCCUCCACCGGCCUGUCCCUCGGCUCCAGCCUCUUCUCCAGCACCGUGCCUACGGGUUUGGGACAGCCGACUCUGGGUGGAGGUUUGACUUUGGGAGCUUUGGUGUCGUCUGCUGCCACGACGACAGCUGCUGCGCCCAGCCUCGGCCUGGGUGGAGUGGACUUCAACACCUCCUCAGAGAAGAAGAGCGACAAGUCCUCUGGAGUCAGUCCGCAAGACAGCAAGGCUCUUAAAGAUGAAAACCUACCUCCGGUCAUCUGCCAGGAUGUGGAGAACUUCCAGAAGUUUGUGAAGGAGCAGAAGCAGGUGCAGGAGGAGAUCAGCCGCAUGUCGUCCAAGGCCAUGCUGAAGGUGCAGGAGGACAUCAAGAACCUCAAGCAGCUGCUCGCCGUCAGCGCCAGCGGCCUGCAGAGGAACGCGCUGGCCAUCGACAAGCUCAAGAUGGAGACCGCACAGGAGCUGAAGAAUGCUGACAUCGCCUUAAGAACGCAGAAGACUCCGCCGGGCUUGCAGCACGAGAACACCGCCCCCUCAGACUAUUUCCGCGGGCUGGUGGAGCAGUUUGAGGUGCAGCUGCAGCAGUACCGGCAGCAGAUAGAGGAGCUGGAGAACCACCUCACCACCCAGGGCAGCGGCUCACACAUCACCCCGCAAGAUCUGUCCAUGGCCAUGCAGAGACUCUAUCAGACGUUUGUGGCCUUAGCUGCUCAACUACAGACGGUGCAUGAGAACGUAAAGAUCCUGAAGCACCAGUACCUGGGCUACCGGCGGGCGUUCCUGGAGGACUCCACGGACGUGUUUGAGUCCAAGCGCGCGGCCACCAAGAAGUACCAGAGCGCCCCGCGCGUCACCACCGGCCCCGCCCCCUUCAGCAGCGUCCCCAAUGCCACGGCCGUUGCCAUGGCAGCCACGCUGACCCAACAGCAGCAGCCCGCUCCAGGGUCACAGGCCGCCCUGGGGGCAGGCUUUGGGACUCCCUUCGUCUCAGGCAUGGGCACUAGCUUGGGCUCGUCCGGCCUCGGAGCAGCGUUUGGGAGUGGGCCUGGGUUCGGCAGCGUGGGCACCGGCAGCUCCUCCUUUGGCUUCUCCUCCAGCAAGCCUUCAGGCGGCAGUCUGAGUGCAGGCUUUGGCAGCUCCAGCACGUCCGGUUUUAACUUCAGCAACCCUGGCAUCAACGCCUCAGCAGCGUCCAACACUCCUGCGGCAGGGUUUGGCGCCGCUGCCCCCCUCCUGCAGCUGAAGAAGCCCCCCGCGGGCAAUAAGCGGGGCAAAAGAUAGACCCCCCGGGGAGCGGUGGGGUAAAAGGCUAGACGUCGUCCAGGGCAGUGGUAGAUUGAUAAGCAUCUGUGUUAAAAUGUCUAUUUUUAUACAUCAGGCAGGGACGUAAGGGACAAGUCAUUAGCACAUUUAAAAAUGAGAUCUCUCUGUGUUGUCGUCUUUGUUUUUCUUUUUAGGUUGUUUUUAUUUCCUGCGUUCUUGAUUAUGAUGCACCCCUUCCUUUUGUGUCUGACGGAUGGGCGGAGGCAGUGUGUGCUGAUGUUGUCAUUUGUAGAUGUUGUGGAUGAACUUGUAAGAAUACCUAAAGCAACUGAUAGAAGUUUGGAGCACACUUGCAAAUCCUGUUGCUUUGUGAUGAAAAUGCAUUCAUAUGCAUGUGCACUGUGUCUGUGUGUGUGAGGGAGGGGGUGUGUGAACCUCUUACCGUGUCUUGGUUCAACGUGUUAGUCCUGUAUUUCUUUAAGUCAAGAAGCCUGGUUUGCCUGUGUAAAAGUCAGUCGGUUCUCUUUGUUACUCUAAACUCCCUUUGUUUCCUUUACCAAAUAGUGCAAAAGGUCUUUUGUACAAGUCCGCAGAAGUUAUGUGUAUAUGUGUAUUUUUCAAUUUUGAAAGAGCAGUUUAAUAAUAAAAAUAAUGAAUGAC